UUUUUGUAACUGGCUCCAGCCAAAUGGGCGUAGCUUGUGACCCACUGGAUGCCCCUCCCUGCGGUGGGCGCCCGCCAUCUGGCGCCUGUGCGAAGAAAGCCAGAAGACCGCUGUUGAUUGGUUGAUGUGCAGUUUCCCGUCGCCUAGGGGAAAUUUCCAGUUCCGGGGACGAGAAGAAGCAGGAUGUUGGGGGACUUGCUAAUUUGCGGGACACUGUUGGUCAAUGCGGGAGCUGUGCUGAACUUCAGGCUGAAGAAAAAGGAGAGCCAGGGCUUUGGUGAAGAGGUGAAAGAACCAACAACAGGUGAUAAUAUCCGAGAGUUUUUGCUGAGUCUGAGAUACUUCCGGAUCUUCAUUGCUUUGUGGAAUGUCUUUAUGAUGUUCUGCAUGAUUGUGUUAUUUGGAUCUUAAACACAACUGGUCAACUGAGGUGACAACUGUAAAUGUUAUACUUGGAGUCCUUGGAAAUGGCUUUCUGAUGGAAACUUGACCUUUCUGACAUUAUGAAGUAAAAGAUUACUAAGUUUUUA